UUGGCAUUUCUCUUCUCUUGAUGCCGCCGCCUUCUGCUGCCGGUAUCUACGUUCGGGAUUUAUUUUUCCUUGGCGCGAAAUAAAACAAUUCUUUAAAGUGUAUCUUCAGAAUGGCUGAUAUAAAAACGUUAGCUGUGAGGGGCAUAAGAAGUUUUGGGCCCGACGAAAACGAUGAACAACGUAUUUCUUUUGAGAAGCCUCUAACCCUCAUACUGGGACAAAAUGGAUGUGGAAAGACAACAAUCAUUGAAUGUUUGCGAUAUGCUAUUACGGGACAGAUGCCUCCCGGUAGCCGAAAUGAAUGUUUCGUACAUGAUGCGAAAGUAAACAGGUCCACAGAGGUGCUAGGGCAAGUAAAACUCAAGAUCAUGAAUGCGAAAGACAAGCAACUUGAAGUAUCGAGGACGAUGAAAGUCACUGCAUUGGCAAAAAAGAAGACCAAGUUUCAAACAUUGGAUUCAUUUUUAUCUAUGAUUGAUGAGCGUGGAAAUACAAAGGAUAUUUCUUCGCGAUGCGCUGAUUUGGAUUUUAUAAUGAACGAAGAACUAGGUGUAUCAAAAGCUAUUUUGAAUUCCGUAAUAUUCUGCCACCAAGAAGACUCGAGCUGGCCUCUUGACGAGGGUAAAAAAGUAAAAGAACGCUUUGAUGAAAUCUUUGAUGCUGAUAAAUAUAGUGACUGCUUUGAUCGCCUGAGGAAGUUGCGAAAAGAUUAUAUCCAAAAUCUAAAACUUCUUGAACUGGAAGUAACCCACUUGACUGAGAAGAAGCAGGAAUUAGAUAAGAGGAAGUUGGAAGUAGUCAAUACAGAGACGAGCAUAUCUGAAACUGAGCUGAAGAUAUCUGAAUUGAACCAGGAGUUGAAGCCAAUAUCUGAGAAGCUCACUGCCAUUGAGACACUGCAGAAGAACCUUGUACAGUGGGAAUCAAAGAAGGAUAAGAUUAAAAAUAAGCUUGAACACAACAAAACUCAGGAAGAAGAGUUGAAGAAGGCAAUCAAAACUAUUUUCGAGGGUACACUUGAGGAAUUGCAAGGAAAUAUUAGUAACUAUGAAUCCACUGGGAAAGCCAAACAGAAGGAGCUUACAGAGUCUUAUAAGAAGAUUACUUCCUUUAAUAAGGAUGAGGAGAAGAUCGCCAAUGAGAAAACCUCCAAUGAAAUGAAGUACAAUAAACUGAUCUUCCUUGAGAGUCAAAAUCAGGAGAGAAUUGAUAAGAGAAACAAAGUUAUUGUGGAGACCUGUAAAAUUGCUGGCCUGGAGACGCCAGAAACUAUUGAUACUAACGAGGAAGCUGAAAAGGGCAUCUCAGAUUUAACUGACAAAGUAAAGAGCUUGAAGGCAGAAUUAAAAGAAAUGAAACAAGCUGCCGACGCCGAGGAGAAGAAAUACCAGCAAGUUGUGAACGAAACCCGCGAUGCAUUUACUCGACACAAGCAGAAGAUCUCUAACAAGGAGGUGGAAAUAGCGACCGCGAGGAAAGAUAUCAAUAAGUUGGAGAAGCAAAUAACGGAUGCGCAUGAUGCCAAAACUCGUCUCGAAUUGCUGGAGCAGAAGUUGAACGACGCGGAAGAAGAAUAUAAACAGGCCGAUAGUGAACUGAAUGCCGAGGAGUGUCAACAAGAGAUCAAUGAGGACGAGAAAGUUCUGGAUCAGCAUGAACAGGAACGCGACGAACUCGCAGAAAAGAUAACGAAACUACAAAAACAUAGCGCAAAAUUGAAAGAAAGGGAUCUCCUUGAAGACCAAUUGAAGCAAAAAGAGAAGCAGUUUGGCGUUCUGCAGAACAAACAUAGAACAGCCCUUACUGACAUCCUUGGUGAGAUGCCAGUGAGCAACUUUGCUAUGUCCGUAAACAAACUCGAAGCGAAAGUCAAGGGAGAGGUUGAUGCUAUGAAGAAAAAACUGAAGGCUAAUGAUAAAGAGUUAACAAAACUGGAGACGGAGCGCAACCAUGUAAGAGAGAUGCUGAAAGACCGUCGCAGUGAACUGACCAAGGCAGAGGAUAAGAUGUACCAGGCCUGCGGUACGCAGACCUAUGAGGCCACGCUUUCGAAACUCACCUCCUCUGUUGAAAAACUACAGGAGGAACAAAAUAUCCUUCAGUCAUCGAUGCACAUUUUCGCUAAAUACAAAAAUCAACUAAAAGAUAACAGCUGCUGUCCACUGUGUAACCGCGGCUUUGAAAAUGAAACAGAGGUAACGGAUCUGAUAUCCCAUCUAACCUCUCAAGUGAUGAAUGUGCCAGCAAAGCUGGAGGAAGUGACUGAGGAACUACAAAGAACUUCAGCUAAGAAAGAUGAGCUGCUAGGCUUAAAGACACUCAAUGAGAAGAUAACGAGCCUCAAAGAAAACGACAUUCCGCAGUUGGAAACACGCCUUAGCGACGUUGAUAAGAAAAUCUCAGACUUGCAAGAGGCCAUGGAGCAAGUGAAGCAGUCAAUGAAGGAGCCGGAGCAGAAGCAGCAGACUGCCAAGCAGAUCCAGGGCGAGAUGCCGCUACUAGACAAGUUCGUGCAGGAGAUCAAGACCGCCACCAGAGAUUUCGAAUCAGCAAAGUCGCAAUGCGAAGGUGUAGAGAUGGACAUGACUGUGGACGAGGCGACGGCUAAGCAAGCAGAGUUAAAGCAGAAGAUAACCACGCUGAAGGCGCGCAUCAAGGCCACGCAGUCCAAACUGAACCAGCACAGCAAGAAGAUGCGCCAGAUGGCCGACAAGAAAAACAAAAUCAAAGAGGAACUGCUCAAUAUACAGAAAAAGGUGCAAGAAAUUGUGAACUUGCAAGAAAACAAGAAGCAAAUCGAGGAGAACCGCGAGAGAUUCGUGAAAGAACUGCAAGAACUACAAGACGGUGUCGCGCCGCUCGAGGCUGAACUCCGAGAAAAGGAGAGUGAGAAGAACAACAUUGUAAAUAAGAACAGGAGCUCAAUUGAAUUGAAGAACUUGUCCAUACAGAACAUAGUCAACUCGUUUGACAAAGUGAAGUCUAUUGACUCUGAGAUCAGACAACAUAAAGAGAGGAACAUCCAGCGCGAAAUGGACAAGAUAAAGGAAGCUAAUGAGAAACUGAUGGAGAAACAGAAGCAGAUCAUGAUCGACAGGGACGCACUCACAAAACGAAUUGAUACUUUGAAAGAUGAACUCGCUAAACAAGAGAUUUACAAACGCGACCUAGAAGAUAACCUGAAGUUGAGGAAAGCUCAAACAGAGAUAGAGAAUUGUGCCAAAGAGGAAGCGGAGAUUAAUGAGAAGUUGAGUGGAGUGAACACGGAGAUGUUGGAAGAGAAAGGGCCUCUCAUCACGCAGCAGACGAAGCUGUUCCGAGAGAAGGCGCAGAACGAAGGACUGAUGCAGGGGUACCAGGAAAGACUGAAACAAUUGAGAAAUGAACUGAAGAAAUCUCAAAAUAAAGACAUAGAGAAGAAAUUCAGGGAAAAAUUCUACGAGUUGCAAGUGACAAAAACUAUUGAUAAGGACAUUCAGAACUAUGCUGUGGCGCUCGAGAAAUGUCUCAUGGAGUUCCACAGAGAAAAGAUGGAGCAUAUCAAUCUCAUCAUUAGGGAGAUGUGGCGCAAGAUUUAUAGAGGAAAUGAUAUAGAUUACAUUGAGAUCAAAACUGAAGGUAGCAUGUCAACAGAAUCAGACCGUCGUAAAUAUGAUUACAGAGUCGUUCAAUGUAAGAAUGGUGUGGAGAUAGACAUGCGAGGAAGGUGCAGUGCCGGCCAAAAGGUUUUGGCUUGCUUAAUCAUCCGGUUGGCUCUCGCCGAAACAUUUAGCUCCAGGUUUGGAAUCUUAGCACUUGAUGAACCUACAACCAAUUUAGACCACGAAAAUGUCAGAAGUCUCUGCUCAGCUCUGGGUGAAAUAGUGCAGGAGCGCAUGAGACAAAAGAACUUCAUGUUCAUUAUUAUUACGCACGAUAAGGAGUUCAUCGAAUCCCUCGGUAACAUAGACAAAGUUACACAUUACUAUGAAGUAUCAAGAAAUGAAGAUGGUAAAUCCAGAAUCAAGAGAAUUAGGUUUUCCUAAACUGUAAUACAUUUGGUGAAUUUAGCCAUUCCCUAUAAUUUUUAAGUUUAAAGUUUGUAUUUUCUUAGUGUAAGAAUUAAGAAGGCUUUGCCUUACCUAUAAUUCAAUGUCUUGAAUAUUACAAUUGUAAGAGAUUUAUGAUAAUUAAACUUUUCUAUUCUUUAUAA